AUGCAGCGCUCGCCCGCCGGUUCACGGUUUCCUUUUCCGCCGUGGAUUCUAAGUCAGUUGCCGGAGGUUAUGGAUGUAGAGCACAUGUUGUUGCAUAAUAUUCGUGCCCUACCUGAAUGGCGGGCAUUGGAGCAACUGCAGUGCACCCAUUCGGAUCGUGCUGGUUUGCUCCUUUACGAGUUCGGCGUUAUGGUGAUGUCGCCAGCCAUAUCAGAGUUGGUUUGUGUAGGAAUGGAAGCGUUAGCGAAGGCGUUGCUUUAUGGUGGCAUGCAAGAUGCUUGGUUGGUUGCGUGUCAGAAUGUGCUCGCGACACUGCUCUACGAUAUGCGGUGGCAAUCGUCUAUUUUGUCAGUGCGCCUGAAUUGCUUAACGACUUUCAGUAGGCAAGACGAACAAAGCCGUUGGUGGUUGGAGAAGGAGGAGCCUCGCUUGGUGGCACUCGGUGCCAUUUCGCGGGUCGACCCCUCCCGUGUGGUGGAUCACGUGGUGAAUGCCUUUUGUGUCCCUAAGCCUGAUGGUGGUAACUGGUGUCUAGUCGUGAAUUUGAAGCGGAUGAACAUAGUGCAGAAGGCCUACAAGUGCCGGGAAUCCCGGGAAUCGAAGGGAAGCCGGUUCCCAGAGUGUAAGCAGAAGCUUGCCAAAUUGCGGCGACUGGCGAUCGGGUUGCGGAUCACGGCCAAGAAAAAUCGGCGCCUGGUCCAGAAGCGUGAGCCGGCCAAGUUUUGUGGUUUUGCGCAGAGUGUUAAGCUGGCUCUUACUCCAGCUCCCUUAUUUCUCCGUAAUUCUUACGACGAUGUCAAGCAGCCGGUUGGUCGUAGCAGUGCGGGUGCAGUUUUAGCUUGGGCGCAGUCGCAUAGCACUCGGGCGGCCAGUGUGGCGCUUCCCCGUUACUCAUUGGAUCUUCAGUCGGUUGCGGCGCCCCCCGUCAUUACUAACUUGUUGGUGUCCCAGCUGCAGCUCGUGGCCCCUAGUCUGGAUCACUCUGCGCGUCCUUUGCAGAUUGCUCAGGUUGUCAUGUCCCGUGUUGGUGCCAAGCCCUGGCAGUCGUAUGCGUCGCAUUUUGCUGCCUUUGUGCGUUUCUAUGUGGAGGAAGGUUUGGAGUUUCUCCCGGCCUCCCAUUAUGCCGGGCUCUUGUGGGGUCAGUUUCUCGCUGCCAAGGGCUCCAUCCAAGCCCACACGGCGCAGCCUUAUUUCAGUGCUAUUAACUCCGUGCAUGACUUGCUCGGGUACCCUAAGCCCUGUGCCGGAGACAGCACCCUGUUGGCGGCGCUUAGUAGAGGUUGGGAGCGCUUGCAGCGCUCAAUGGCGCCUGCUUCCACGCUCCUGUUGGCCUUUAGUGCAGGUGAUGCUUGGCGUCUUUAUGAGCAGUUGGCCGUGGUACCCUGGGCUAUCCGUCAGCGUUUUUUGCGUGAUCCGUCACGGUUGUGGCUGGCGGGUCAAUCUACGCGUGGUGCUGAGCGUUGGUUUGACUUAGUCCUUGCAGGAUGUGGCUUGCCUCAUUUGCGCGGGUUGCAUUCUCUCUAUAGCCUGCGUCGAGGUGGCGCUUCCGCUGCUCGAGCGGUGGAAGUGCUGUUUGAGGUCGUUGAAGCGUUUGGCGAUGGACGUGGAGCCGUCCUUGCACUGUGUCCGGUCCGGUCAGGGCCUCCGGUGCUCGUCCUUUCUCGGGACGAGCCGCCCACAGUGUAA